CAGAGUUAUUGAAACAACUAGAAGUUGACGUAAGUGUUGCAACCGAGGCAGCAAAUCGUUGGACUGAUAACAUCUUUUCAUUGAAGUCGUGGUGUGUCAAAAAGUUUAACAUGGAGUCUAGUGUUAUUGACAAACAGUUUGGUAUACCAGAAGAUUUUGAUUAUAUUGUUGUUGCUUAAUAUGAAUUCUGCAGAGCGUCUUAAGCAAAUGAAAGAAAGAUCCAAAUUACGACGCAAACUUCUUGCUCAACAGUUUGGUUUAAAAGAUGAACUAAACUUUGGAAAUAUAUUGGGUAAAAAAGAAGACACAAAUCAGAUAGUUUCAACUAAAAAAAACUCCACAGUUAUUUCUUCAGUACCAGCUGAUACUAUUCAAACAACCAGUAGUGUUGAGAAAAAUAAUUCAAGCGACAGCAAGGAGAAGAAAGUGCAAAUUUUAGAUAAUGAAGAUGCUGUGGAUUCAGUAUACACUGAUUCUAAAACAUUUCUUAAAGGAACACAUAGCUUAAAUCCUCACAAUGACUACUGUCAACACUUUAUCGAUUCAGGCUACCGACCUCAUAAUUUUAUUCGAGAUACAGGAAUAUCAGAUCGUUUUGAAGAAUAUCCAAAACUAAAGGAACUUAUAAAGUUGAAAGACGAAAUUAUUGAGCAACGAGCCACUCCGCCGAUGUACUUACACUGUGAUCUUGACACUUAUGAUCUAGCAGAGUUGAAGUACAAGUUUGACGUCAUUUUAAUUGAUCCUCCAUUAGAAGAGUACCAGAGAAGAUGUCCAGGACUUAUGUUUAAUUGGAGACCUUGGAGAUGGGAAGAAAUUAUUCGUCUUGAAAUUAGUCAAGUUGCUGCGCAGCGUUCUUUUUGUUUCUUAUGGUGCGGAUCCUCUGAAGGAUUAGAUGAGGGUCGGCAAUGUCUUAAAGCCUGGGGUUUUCGUCGGUGUGAAGAUAUCUGUUGGAUUAAAACCAACAAAAAUAAUCCUGGUAACACUAAGUAUAUGGAGCCGAUGUCCGUUCUCCAACACACUAAAGAACAUUGUUUAAUGGGUAUUAAAGGAACUGUUCGUCGGAGCACUGAUGGUGAUUUUAUCCACGCAAACGUUGAUCUUGAUAUUAUUAUAGGAGAAGAGCCUGAGUAUGGAAGCACCGAAAAGCCGGAGGAAAUAUUCAAGAUUAUCGAACAUUUUUGUCUUGGUAGACGUCGUUUGCAUGUGUUUGGUAACGAUCAUACUGUGCGUCCGGGUUGGGUUACUGUUGGCCCUGAUCUAACGAGUUCAAACUAUUCUUCUGAACAAUAUAACUCUUUUUUUAGCAGCUCCCCUGAAGAUUAUUUAGUAGGAAGCACAGACUUGAUUGAACAACUACGCCCCAAAUCGCCUCCCGCAAAAAUUAAAAACCCUACUGUUGGCAAUACAACAAGAGGUCGUGGUCGUGGGGACACCCAAUCUUAUGUGCGAGGUGUUGGUGUCCAAAGAGGAGGUUAUUCUUCUAGAAAUUAUCUUGCAAAACCGAAUUACCCUUCAUAAUAAAAUUUUAAAUAGAACUUAUUAUUUAUUUAAGCAAUUUUAAUAAAUUAUAAAAAAUUGUAUUUUAUGUAACCGCGCAUGCCUAUUUUAGAGUGAUUAUACAUAGUUUAUAAA